GAAGAAGGGACAGAACUGGGAAAAAUCAUGACUGCCUCUUCUGCAACGCACAACGUGGAGAAACAUCCCAGUGCAAAAGAGGAGAGAAAGCUGAGAAAGCCGCUCAUUGAGAGGAAACGACGGGAAAGGAUAAACAACUGUCUGGAUCAGCUGAAAGAAACCGUGAUCGGCGCGUUUAGGCUUGACCAAUCCAAACUGGAGAAGGCAGAUAUCCUCGAGAUGACUGUGAAACAUCUGCAGAACAUCCAGAAUAAUAAACUUAACGAUCCAACAGUAGGCCUGGAGGCUCAACAGAGAUAUAGUACAGGUUACAUCCAGUGCAUGCAUGAAGUCCACAACAUGCUGCUCACCUGUGACUGGAUGGACAAAACCCUAGGUUCCCGUCUGCUCAACCACCUCCUCAAGUCUCUGCCUAGGACCACCGAUGAGCGUACCUUUCCCCAUCCCACAUCCAGACAUGAUGUUCCUCCUUCUGCCAACCAAUCUCUCCCAGGCACCCCUGUCAGGGGAGAUCUGCUGCCCAGGAGCCAGCUGCAGAUGGAGGCUCCUGCCUGCCAGGUGGCUGAGCAGCAGGAGAAACCAUUGCUCCCCAGGUCCCACCUGGGCAUGCUGCAGAUGUGGAGACCCUGGUGAACUUGUGGAUCAGUUAUCUUGUUUGUCCAUUUUUUGUUAGACCAUCCUCUGUUAUGUAUCUUAUAGAUAUGCUGCUCAGAAAACAAACAUGGGACGGUUGUGUUCCAGUGAACAUUAUUGUAGGUGUGCUAUAAUAAUUCUCUACAGACCAUUUCUCAGUACUUCCCUUAAGAAGUUGACUUCUUGUAGCCUGCUUAAUAGAAGGCUCUUAUUAAUCUUUCAUGUAUUUAUUGUAUUAACAGCUUUAUUUAUUUAAUAUUAUAAGGUAUGACUUUGCUUCUUAGACCACUGGUGUGGCUUUGCAUAGAUUUCUU